ACUCCCGCGCGCACUCUGCGGCCUGAGCGGCUGUGGAUUCCCCUCCAAGUGGAGGAGGAUGGGCAAGCUGGGGAUCCUGGGGCAAAUCCCUGCUGUCAUCAGCAUCUGCCACAGUAGGUCAUGGACUGACAGCAGUCAAGGAAAAAGCAGGGGCCACUCUACGGAUUCACAGUGUAAAUUCUGGGUCUUCCGAAGGGGCCCAACCAGAUACUGAAAACGGGGUCCCUGAAAUAACAGGUGCGGCCACAGAUCAGGGCUCUGCAGAAAGCCCACCCACUUCCCCUUCAUCAGCCUCUCGGGGGAUGCUGUCCGCCAUCACCAACGUGGUUCAAAACACAGGUAAAAGCGUCUUAACUGGAGGUCUUGAUGCGUUGGAAUUCAUCGGCAAGAAAACCAUGAAUGUCCUUGCAGAAAGUGACCCAGGCUUUAAGCGGACCAAGACGCUCAUGGAGAGAACCGUUUCCUUGUCUCAGAUGUUAAGGGAAGCUAAGGAGAAAGAGAAGCAGAGACUGGCACAGCAGCUCACAGUGGAGAGAACUGCGCACUAUGGAAUGCUGUUUGAUGAAUACCAAGGUUUAUCACACCUGGAAGCCCUGGAAAUUCUGUCCAAUGAAAGUGAAAGCAAGAUUCAGUCAUUUUUAGCAUCACUUGAUGGAGAGAUGCUGGAACUCUUAAAAAAUGACCUAAUUUCCAUUAAAGACGUCUUUGCAGCCAAAGAAUUAGAGAAUGAAGAAAAUCAAGAAGAACAAGGCUUAGAAGAAAAGGGAGAAGAAUUUGCUCGCAUGCUUACAGAGCUUCUCUUUGAAUUACAUGUGGCGGCCACACCUGACAAACUCAAUAAGGCCAUGAGGAAGGCUCAUGACUGGGUGGAAAAGGAUCAGACUGUGGUGUCGGUAGAUGUGGCAAAAGAGUCAGAGGAGGAAACAAAGAAGGAAGAAAAGGAAGAGAAACCUCACGACCCUCAAGAAGACAAAAAGGAAGAAAAGAGAACUAAGACCAUAGAGGAAGUAUACAUGUUGUCCAUCGAAAGUCUGGCAGAGGUAACAGCGCGCUGUAUCGAGCAGCUUCAUAAAGUAGCAGAAUUAAUUCUUCAUGGACAAGAAGAGGAAAAACCAGCUCUGGACCAAGCAAAAGUUCUAAUAAAAUUAACUACUGCAAUGUGCAAUGAAGUGGCCUCCUUAUCAAAGAAGUUUACGAGUUCUUUAACCACUGUUGGGGUCCUCAGCAAUAGAGCUUCACUGUAUACAAGCAGCAUGACAAGAGAGGUAGAAGCUCAUUGAUAACAUAGACUGGAUAAAAUGCAUUUGCGCCCUCAGCGUGGUCCAAGUUACCUGAUGUCCAUGGACUUUGAUAUAAACACUAGGCUUGCAGAGAGGUGCGAGGUCUUAAGAUGGAAUAGCCUUGGUGACUCCAGUUCCUAAGGCUCUAGUGCACCCUCUUGUCACCCUUCUCACAGUUUACCAGGUGAGGAAACUGAGGCCCAGAAGGGUGAAUUGAGUCCCCCAAGCCUCUUAGAAGAGCUCUUAAUUCCCAGUCGGUUAUUCAACAGAUUCAUCAGACAGAGACCAACGCUUUGGUUCUCUGGGUUUGUUUAGGCUUGAGAACGUAACUGUGUGCAUGUUUGUGUGUAUUAUAUUUUGCAUAAUAUUGUUAAAUAUUAAUGUAUCUACAUGAGUGGGUAGUAUUCAUGGUAUUGUUUUCCAUUCCUUUUCGCAUGGUUUAUCCCAGCACAGCAUCUCAAACCUCAAGGUGCACAUGGAUCACCUGGAGAUGUUGUUAAAAUGAAGAUCUUUAUUCAGUAGAGGCUGAGAUUCUGUAUUUCUAGUAAGCAGUCAGGUGAUGACAGUGGUCUUGAUCCAUGGUCCAUAUUUUAUGUAGUAAGGUGCUAGCAGGUGGCCAUGCACUUGACCUUAUAUAUAUUUAUGUAUACACGCACACGUACAAGUGUUUGCAAGAACAAAAUUAGGAGCACACAGGUUAUUUUGGGGAAGAAAAAUCUGAAUCUAAAACAGAAUUUAGAAAUGCCCUCUCACCACAACAAUACCUCUGAUCUUGUGCUGUGAUGAAUCAUUUAUAUCAAUUCAGUGUUUCUGUUCUCUGAAACAGCCAUUAUUCAUAACUUGAAGUUAAUGAGUGUUUAUUGCUCUCUAGACUCUAUUUAAAUUGCUUGCAUACCUCAUUGAUUCUGAAAACCAAUGUCAUCUUAUUGCCCUCAUUUGAUUAUAUUUUAGAGGUUUAUUGAUAAUCAAAUAAACAUGAAAGCAAAUACCA